AUGGAAGUAGAGUAUGCCUGGUACAGAGAUGGUGUACCUUUGAAGCAAGGACGAAAAUCUUGCCUUUUAUUCGUGAAUGAGCCGGGGCGGUAUCAUUGUGUUGUUAAAGUGAACGACAACAUCAAACAGAGUGAGGGAUUAAUUAUCGAAGCAGAAAUGCCCCCUGUGUCUGCGGAUAUGACAAAACAUGACGAAAUCGGUAAUAACUAUAGUAUACUAUAGUAACCCAUAUAGUUACAAGACUAUUUACUAUUUAACAAUUAGAUUACUCAUUUACUCUUUCUUUCAAUUUCUAUGAGGUGAUAGUUGAUGAGGGCGAAGCCCGAAUUAAGUAUAACCUCAUAGCAAUCGAGCGAGAGAGUAAUCUAAUUGUUUUAGUACAAUCAAAGAAUAAACAUAAAAUAUACCAUGCAAAAAAUAAUUCAAUAAAAGCCUUUUUUUAAAAAGUGCGCCAGGAAAAUGAUUGUUUUAGUACACGUUAUCUAUCGAGGAAUAGAUAGAGAGUAAAGUAGCCAAUCAAAUUACAUGCAGCAUUUGCAAUGGUAUACUGGUAGGACCAUUUUAAUUUUUUAAUUUAAUUUUCCAUGAUUCUAUACUAAAUAAAUAUAGUCAUUAAACUGCAUGGUAUGCAGUAUAUUUGCGAGAAUAUGAAGGCAUAUAUCCCUGUCAAGACUAUACAUAUGAUUAUGAUUAACUUAUUAAUGUAUCUUAUGCUACUUUUUCAACCGCCAAAACGAUUUGAGGUGCGUUUUGAUCUUGUAAUUGAUGAUCUUAGGGCAACCAAACAUUCACCAGCGUAUAACUUGGUCUCCUGACGCAUGAACAGAUUCUUCUUUGCUAUUACAAUUUUAUUUACUUAUUUUUAUAUUUUAUGUUAAAAUUAGUUGGUGAAAUUGAUGAAAAUCAUAUAGAAAUGAAAGACGUGAUUGGUCAGGGCACAUUUGGUACUGUACACAAAGGCGAAUGGCGAGGAACAGAAAUUGCAAUUAAAUGCAUAACCUUACCACCAGAAUGGCAAAAUGACUGGCAAAAUAUCAAAGAACUGCAAAUAUGGAGGUAUAGUAACCGCAAAUGUUUAACAAUUAUACCAUGAGCUCGAGUCGUAUAUGAGCUGAUAGCCGACGAGAUGCGUACUGACCGAGUCGGCUAUCGGCCAUAUACGACGAGAGCGAAUGGUAUAUAUUUUUUAUAAUAUACUGAGUCUAAUAAGUAAUAUAGCCAUUAAUUGAAGCAGUAAUAAAUUAUUCACUGUUACAAUGUGUUGACAAUUUGUUCGGCCAGAAAACUUGAAAUGCUUUUAAUUGUUUUACAACUCGAAGACGAAGUGAAAGAAAUGGUUUUAGAACCUCUAUACUGUAUCUCACAGGAAAGUUCAGAUAUAUUACACAGAUGUUUGGUACUAUAGUAAGUGCUUGUUGACUGCAAAUUAAUUUGUCGUUCAUGCAUUGCAAACGUUUCUGAACAAUUUAUAUUCUCAAUGAACAUGUUUUUUUUGCUGUUGUUUCGGUAUUAAUUCUUUAAAAGACUUGUAUUUAAAUUAAUUUUUACGUAUUUUUUUUUCUGUGUUGGUGUUGUGUACUCAGGUUAAUAAUAUGUUUGCGAUGUUACUCUGAGUGUAUAUCCACACCGGGCGAGCUUGACCGUGGCAUAUUUUUCAAGCUCGCCCAGUGUAGAUAUACACUCAGAGUAACAUCGCAAACAUAUAAUUUCUACGUAAUAAAUGUAUUUUGCUAACCUGUCAAUUUUUUUUUUUUAGAGUUUUCCCUGUACUAUUAUGUUUCUCAAAGCGAAUAUUUUCCUUUUUCUGCUUCUCAAAACUCAUGUAGUUUUUGGACGGCCAUCUUGUUUUCGCUACUCGCCGUAUAUGAGCUGAUAUACGGCGAGUAAUUCAACCAAUCAGAUUGCAAAACAGCUCAUAUACGGUAGACUAGAAAAUACAUGCAUGUAGAAACCCUCAAAUAAACCCCUUUCUUUUUUUAUAUAUAAUUCAAUAUCAUAUAAAAAACGGAAUCAAUAAUUAUUAAAGAUACACUGAAAUUCUAUGCUGUCUUGUUUAGUUGUUUCAUAUACGCAAAGCCAAAGGCCGUUGGGUUUUAAAUCCAAUGUAAAAUCAAUAUUUAAAACAAACUUACCUUCUUUAAUGUCGGCUCCCUUCUUUUAACCGAUUCAGUUUCGCAGUUUCUUCCAAAGAGAGUUUUUGAAAUUUACAACUGACUGAUCUUGCAAAAAUGCGAGCAAAAAUGAAACAUAUUUGCAAGAAAUGUAUCAAUGAUUUAUCAAAUCAUAGAUCAAGAAAUGUUUGCUAUUUCGCUGUCGUCAUGCAGUCGUUAUAAUGCAAACUUUAAAUUGAACCAAUCAAUGUCCGCUUUUCGUGAAAGUCCACCAUAUUUUUGAGAUCAGUGAGGAUGACCACCCACCCAACACCGUUGGUAACCCACGCCCGCGAUGUUUGAUGAACUUUAGACUCCGCUAAUGCUUUCGUUUCCCCGGGUGUAAAUAACGGGGGGGGGGGGAUUAGUACCCUCGCACGGCGCUUCGCGCCGUCGGCUCGGGAAUGACUAUAUAAUAUAAAUAGAGUUAUAAACCCUAUUAUGAUUGAAGGUUUUAUAUUGAAUAUUCAAUGUCCAUAUUGCCGAUAAGUCCAGUAAUCGAAUGGAAAAAAUAUAUUCUGCUGCUGGUAUACGAAGAAAUAUUGCCUCCGAAAGUCCCACCACAUUCAUUACUUUUCUAAUGGUCUAUUCAAGGUGCCAAGAAAGAAAUAUCGCAUGUUUCUUAGUAAAUAUGAAUAGUUUAACGAAGGUUAAUUAUGCAGAUCGCUAAUGAAAUAGUGUUUUCUGAAUAACUUUUAUAAUUCAUUGUUUUUUAAUAGGAAACUACGUCAUCCAAACCUGUUACUUUUGAUGGGUUAUUUCAAAAAACAAGAUAGUUUAUGGAUAGUAACUCCUUUUAUCAGUGGGUCGAACCUAGAAAAACUUAUAUUUUCCACAGAGCCACCGUUUCAGGUAAUUGGGUUUUGCUGUAUAUUAAUAUUCGUAUUUUUUGUACAAUUAUAUACAAUUUGCACGUGCACGGCUAAUUAUAACAUAACAAAUGGCCAUGAAGCUAUAAAAAAGAUUAUAAGAUGGGUUAAUUAUAACAAAUAAUGAAACGAAUAAUUCUCUAACUAGAAAAUACAUACAUGCAGCAACCCCUCGCCUUUCUUAACUGAUGAACUAUAAAAAACUCCACAUAAAGUAUUAAGACCAUUAUAAACAAACAUAAAAACACAACUGAUGCGCUGGCUUUUAAUAUAAUGAACAUUAACAUUCACUGCAAUUUCAUGCAUAGGCCUACCAGCUUGCAUUAAAGUGAAUUAUCGAGUUAAAAAUGUCUUAAAAAUUUCGCACAUUUGAAUAAAACCGACAACACAAAGCAAGUAUGGCAUGGAAUUUUACUACUGAAUUUUACACUUACCCAAACCGGCAUGAACAACAACGAUUAAAUUAGCAAAGACAUCAACAUCAAAACAUCAAAACAAUUAUUAUACAAACUUUGUUUCACGGUUGAACAGCCACUAACUCAUAAAAAUGCAGGCUUAUUUCCAGUUAGAAUCGAGAAUAAAAAACCGUGUUGUACUUUUGUAAACUUUUCAACGAAAUUUAAAACAAAAAAUUGCUGUAAAACAGCAAAAUGCGUCUUUUCAAAUUAAAAAUCAAUUACUGCGACAGAGUUUGUACUCGCGCAUGCGCAUAACGUCGAAAACCGUCCAUGACAUAAACAAAAUGGAGGACAACUUUGCACUCUUUGCACUUCGCUAUGUUUUCACAUACCCGGGUAUAAUUAGCCGUGCGGAAUUAGUACCCUCGCACGGCGCUUCGCGCCGCCGGCUCGGGGAUGAGUAUAAUGGUUAGGUGUAAAUGUUAUAAAGAAUAAGUUACAAACACUCCAUCACAAAACAUGGUAAUUUCGUAUAUUUAUCGAAACGUACAGUUGUGAAUCUUACCAACAUAUAUAGAUUAUUAUUAUGUUUCAGUUACUAGAUGACGCCAAGCCCUAUAUAUUGUAUCAAGUAGCAAGUGGAUGUCAUUACUUGCACGAGGAGCAGAUCAUACACCAAGAUUUGAAGCCGGCAAAUGUCCUCGUAAGUGCAUUUAAAACUAUUUAGAAAGUGCACAUUGAGUCGCUGACUUAUAUUAAAUUAAAUGUAUAGGCAAAGAGCGCAAUUUAAUUGCAAGUGCAAAAAUAAAAUACAAAUAUUCAUGGAGUACUUUCUUAUGGGGAAAGGUUAGUUUACUUCGCUGACCUCAAAAUGAAAUUUCGUCAAAACUUUUUUCUUUAAGAUUGGUUUAAAACCAAUUUGAAGUAGGAUUUGGAAUAGGAUUAGUAUUAUUAGUAAAACAAUUACUAAGUUAUAUUUUGUCACUUUGAGGCCAGCGAAAUAACAUCUUCCGCUUACUUAUAUGUCAUUAAAGGUAGAGAAAAGAACAUAUCGUACGGUAAUAUGUGAUUUUGGUGUUAGCGUGUUCACGAUGACUGCUGUUACGAAAAAUACGGCGCAUGCUGGUACUAUGAUGUACCAACAUAAAGAAUCGUUAACAGGAAAACGUCCGCAACCAUACAUGGAUGUUUACGCCAUUGGCUGCAUCAUCUUCGAAUUGUAUACGUCCAAGCGUGUGUGGAGCGAUAUUGUGAACCCAGGACAACUCUUUGCCAAAAUCUUUUCAAACGAAUAUCCGAAUACUGAUGGUUUGAAGCAGCAUCAGAAGAUAAAGGAAAUUGUUGAUGGAUGCUUUAAGGAUCCCAUGGAACGGCUGUCUAUGCAGGAAAUUCUUCAAAAGCUGAAUAUACUUGUUGACAGACAGAAGUACUAG